AGCAGCAGCAGCGUUGUGUCCGGCCGUAACUAGCGAAUCUUGCUGCAAAAACAACAAUUUCUCAAUCUCAUCCCUUUCUUCCCUAACAUGUAUAAACUACAGCUGCUUAAUCUGUUUCUCAACGAAAAAUUAAUCGCAGUUCCUUUGGAAAUAUCCGUGGCAGUUAAAAAAACGAUAUCAGAGCACCAGGAAGAAAUCUGCCGUUUGAGACGGGCGAAUGAACGUUUACGAAGAAUCCUGGAUUUGGUUUUCAAACCAGAGAUAAAGUUGCAUAGAUUAGCAGAACUCCAGCAAUUCACUCUUCCUGAAGAGGAGGUUAACUGUGGCCAGCAGCACUGUGAACAGGAAUGGAGUUCCAAUCUGGGGCCGGUGGAAUCUGAUGCCGUAGAGUCUAUAUGGGACUCUAUCAACAUCAUAACGGUAGAGAACCAAACAGAAUCGGAAGACGAGAGCAACAGAGAGUCCCAAUCGACCAGUGACUAUCAGCCACACUCUGAUGUAAACCCAGACAGUGACAAUGAAAAAGUGGAUGGAGUGGUGAGCAGAAUACCACCGUCAAGGUCAAAGAGGGGAAGAGGACGGCCAAGGAAACACACCGGUGAGUCACCUGAUCUGAAAUGUGACGUGUGCGGGAAAUUCUUGGCGACAGCAGCUAAUCUGAAAAGGCAUCAGCAAAAUCACCACCGCGAAGAGAGACCAAGAAAAGAAACCAGUGAAUUGCCUGAUCUAAAAUGUGACGUGUGUGGAAAAUGCUUUACGGCAGCACGUAGUCUGAUGAGGCAUCGGCGGAAUCGGCACAGUGAUGAGAGACCAUACAUGUGCGACACAUGUGGACAAUGUUUCACCCUGAACUGCUACCUGACCCGGCACAUGAAGCGUCACACGGAGGAGAGACAACAUUGCUGCACCGAAUGUGGCAAAUGUUUCUUUCACAAAGAGAACCUGGAAAAUCAUAUGGGUGUUCAUAGAGGGGGGGAUUUUAAAUGUGAUGUGUGUGGAAGAUGCUUGACGACAAAAGGUGGUCUGAAAUUUCAUCAGAAAAAGCACACGGAACAGAAAAUGCAUCGGUGUAAAGAAUGUAGCAAAGCCUUUUUCUGCAGGUCAAACCUGAAAAAGCAUAUGAGGAUUCACACGGGGGAGAAACCAUUUUGGUGCAAAGAAUGUGGCAAAUGCUUUGGUGAGAAUGGAAGCCUGUCAAAGCAUAUGAUGACUCACACCGAGGAGAAACCUCAUCGCUGUAAUGAAUGUGGCAGAUGCUUCGGUCUGAAGGGAAACCUGACAGUUCAUAUGAGGACUCAUAGAGGUGAGGGAGUGCAAUGUCAUUUGUGUGGAACUCACUUGAAGUUAGCUUCAAGUCUGAAAAGACAUCUGCGAACUCACAGAAAGAAUAUUCAUAAUGACUGAGAACAUGUAAGGAAUACCUAGGAUAGGAUAAAGUAAUCCUUCUCACCCCCCCCCUUAAAUGAUUUAGAUGCACUAUUGUAAAGUGGCUGUUCCACUGGAUGUCAUAAGGUGAAUUCACCAAUUUGUAAGUCGCUCUGGAUAAGAGCGUCUGCCAAAUGACUUAAAUGUAAAUGUAAAACAUGUAAAAAUCCUUUGUGUAAAAUGUGUUAGUUGAAAGAUAGAAUAUUAAGAGGACAUACCCCUCAGGUCAAUGCACGUGGUUAAAAGUACUGUCUGAAGUCUGGGAAUCUGUUCAAUGGUAAAUUCCAUUAAUAUAGUCGCCUAUUAAGGCAUCAAUCAUGAGCUAAGCACAAAUGUUUUACUUUAUUUUGGUUACUUUUUGAAAAUAAAUUGGGUAGAGCCCAGAGAAAGGAUGUUUAUCCAUUGUUCUUUGUCAGGUAGCGAUGUUCAGGUAGCGAUGUAGCCCACAUAAUAGACACAUUAUUUUAACUUCUAUGGCACUUUUCAUGACUGAAAAAAAUCUGGGUAGCCUAAUUGCAGUUGAGGCAGUGGUGUGGUCAAUUCUAGGGAUGGGCAUUUGAAAGUUAUGAAAAUGAUUGAGUACUCGCAUGUUUGUGUGAAACGGGGCUGAAGGCAACAACAAAAAAAGUCUGCAGUAUGCUAUUGGUUGUUCCAAAUACUGGAUGUUCUGACAAUUGGAAAUUACAUUUUAACAUAUUUUCAUUGCACUUGACAUAAUUUCAGGAAAUUGAAAUUGCUUUUGGAAUGUCAGUUGGUAUGGAAUGCCUCGAAGUGACUGAAUUUAAGUGGAAUUGAUCCCAACCAGAGUCAUAGUAAGGUGUGUAGCACCCAUGGCGAUACUAUAUACUUUAAUACUUAUUACAUUUCUGUUCAAUUGUUAUCAUUUAAUUAUAUGGUAGCACCACUUGAGGCAGGAGUCUAAAGACACAAUGGAAACGUCAUUAUCCCAUAACACCAGGAUUGUCCUCUCCACAUGAGAGACUAUGGGGACUUUUCAGACAGACAGAUUAGCUUAUCAAAUACUUGCCCAUACUUUAACAAAAGCCUUUACCAAACCCUUAACCCUAUUAAUUUACAAAGUUCUCUUCCAGAAAUUACAUUUUUUGUUUAAACUGACUGGUAUUGUAUUAUAGGGACUGGAUCAUGGUUUUAUGGACACACAAACUGAUGCAUUCUAACUGCAGGUGAUAUUGGGAGAGAAUGUACAUUAUCCUGUGCUUGCUACAUGGCCGCAUGUACUAUUAAAUCUCUACCUGGCCACCAAUCGGAGCCUGGUUCCUCUCUAGGUUUCUUUCUAGUUUCCUGCCUUUUAGGGAGUUUUUCCUCACUACUUUGCUUCUGCCUCUGCAUUUCUUGCUCAAGUGGGGUAUAAGCUCGGUAACUACUGUAACUGUAAAGCACUGUGACAACUGCUGAUGUACAUUUACAUGUACAGUACAUUUGAGUAGGAUGGCUUACCCACCACUACUUAUGUGUUUUUAUUCUUAGAUUUGUUUUAAAUUAGUUUUUAUUUUUAGAUAUCUGAUCUGUGCUCUUUAAGAUCCUAUUCUGGAUGUUUUAUUUUCUUACCUUUUGAUAUUGAACAGUGCAUUGUUAAGAAAGAGCUUUUAAGUUAGCACUCCGCUGGAUUGUUUUAGAAUGUACACCUCUUAUAUCCUGUGCACCAGACAAAAUAAACUUUUGAUUUGAUGUUC